AGUAUGCACGCAGUCGAACAGCGCCUGUUGAGUGUGGGACGUCUACCAAUCUUCGUCUACCACAAUACCGUCUCUCCCCUCCCCAAGACAAGAUCCUAUAGGCUCAGUGUGGAAGGGCCUUUAUGCAUUAAAACCAAUAAUGUGAGAACCCGAUGCAGACCUCGUGUCAUGGACGUUUAAUUGUAACAACAGCUCCAUUUUAUUUGUGUCGUACAUUUUCUUAACCGGCGGUGAAAUCAUCGAUUUACACUAACCUACUGAUACCUGGAUUGAGAUGCGGCAAUGUUCCGAGCAAUAUGCACACGUGUAAACUUCUGCUGGAUUUGGCUGGCUGUUCUGUUUCUCCUGAAAGUAGAGGAUGUUGGCGCGUACAGCUGUCAUGAGGUGAAGACUGCUUUCCAGGUGCGACAGAUCGGUCCGCUGAAGUGGGUACCGGAGACACCUGGAACAGAUGUGGACCUGUUGGUGUGUAAGCACCAGGGCCCGUCCUGCUGCACCCGCAAGAUGGAGGAGAGCUACCAGGAGGCGGUGAGACGAGAGACCCUCCAGAAUGUCCGCUCCUACAGCUUCGAGCUGAAGUACCUCAUCUCCGGCCACGCCACCGCCUUCCAGGACACCUUCCAGUACCUGCUCUCCUUCUCCCAGGGCCACCUAUCCUCCCUGCUAGAGGACACAUACUCGCCCCUCUCCCGGGAGGCCCUCCCCCAUGUCAACGCCCUGUUCUCCUCCCUCUCCCUCUACAUCCGCGGACACAACCUCUCCCUCGAAGCUGCCGUGGCCCGUUUCCACGACAACCUCUUCCCGCUCGUCUACGGGCGCCUGGUCAACCCGGGCGUGGGCGUCCAGGGUGGUUUGUCCGGCGAGCGGGGCGAGUGUCUCCGUGCCACACGGCAGGACGUCAACCCAUUCGGCCCUCACCCCGAAAUGCUCGCUCAGGAAUUGGGGCGCACCCUGGGCGCCGGGCGAGCCUUAUCCCUGGCCCUCGCCGAGGGCACCGAAGUCAUGAACGCCACUGAACACGUUUCCUUCACCAAAGAGUGUUUACGUGGCUUGACCAAGAUGCAGUACUGCUCGCACUGCCGUGGGCUGACGCUGAUCAAGCCGUGCGUGGGCUACUGCCUGAACGUGAUGCGCGGGUGCUUGGCGAGCGUGGCCGAGCUGGACGGGCCGUGGCGGCGGUAUGUGGCGGCUCUGGAGGAGCUGACCAAUGCUGUGGCCGGACAACACAGCCUGGAACUGGCACUGCUUGGAGUCAGAGGGCACGUGAAUGAGGCCAUACUACACGCUCAGCUCCAUGGGCCCACGCUGACCGCUACGGUGGACAAAGUGUGUGGUCAGUCAGCCAAGGAGCCCCGCACCAGCGUCCACCCUGACCCCGCCCCGGAGGUCACGACCUCCACGGUGACAUCAUCGACCGUCCCUCCCUCCGACCCCCCCUCCAUCCCCCCACCAGAACAGCUGAUGGGACAACUUGCCCACCUGAGGAGUUCAUUCCCCCUGAAACCCUCCAAGAACGAUAAACCUAGAAGUCUGAAAAAGAUCUCUAGGGAGUUUCUGAGCUACAUCCAGCGCUAUAAGUCAUUCUUUGCCGUGCUUCCAGAGAUGUUGUGUGAGGGAGAGAUGGUGGUGGACGACUUUACCUGCUGGAGUGGAGACGACGUGGUGGAGAGUUAUACAGACAGAGUGGUGGGGAACGGUCUCCAGGCCCAGAAGCAGAACCCCGAGGUCAAAGUUCGCAGCCCAAACCCCGAACUGGCCGAGGUGAAGGAGAGGCUGGAGCGCUUCAACCAGGAGAUUCAGGACAUGCUGCCAGGGCUGGGCCAGAGCGAGUCCUGGGGGGAGCUGGGUAGUGGCGACACAGAGGAUGGCAGCGGAGACUGUGACGAUGAAGACGGGUGUCAAGGGUCUGGAACGGGGACGGUCAGGAGCUCCCCUGAUGGUCGACCAGAGGUUUCCAGCGACAAACCCGUAGGAAGUAACCCUGGUGGUCGUGCUCCCCCUGUGGUGAGGCUGAGAGGUGCAGGGUGCCCCCCUGCCUGUCUGUCUCUACCCACGGCCCUCACCCUCCUCCUGGUCACUCUGGCUCUACAGUGGAGCAUGCUGUGAUCAAAUCAUAGUGUCCCCUACUGACCUGGCCCCAUCCACACACACAGUGGAGACUACACCCCUACACCACCUCCUAUGUACCCCAACCCCAAUGCACAGACUGGACUGGGGUAGAGGAAGGAGGAUGGAUGAAGAAAUGCGAAGAGGACGGAGAGAGAGGGAGGAGGGGGUGAAGAGAGAAGGAGAGAGAGAGAUGUGUGUGUGUGUGGGGGGGGGGCUCCUCACAGGCAGAUUGUUACAGUACUCAGCCUGCUGCUUCCUGUGUGUAUGCUGUGGACUAGUCUCCCUCCACAGCUCUCCUGCUCUCUGCUUUAACAAUGCACUCACAUUCUCUACCACUGGGACGGACUACCACGCGGUGGGACGGUCUACUACCACGCGGUGGGACGGUCUACUACCACGCGGUGGGACGGACUACCACAUGGUGGGACGGACUACUACCACGCGGUGGGACGGUCUACUACCACGCGGUGGGACGGACUACCACAUGGUGGGACGGACUACCACAUGGUGGGACGGACUGCCACAUGGUGGGACGGACUACCACAUGGUGGGACGGACUACCACAUGGUGGGACGGACUACCACGCGGUGGGACGGACUACCACGUUAUGGGACGGACUACCACGCUGUGGGACGGACUACCACAUGGUGGGACGGACUACCACGCGGUGGGACGGACUACCACGUUAUGGGACGGACUACCACGCUGUGGGAUGGACUACCACAUGGUGGGACGGACUGCCACAUGGUGGGACAGACUACCAUAUGGUGGGACAGACUACCACGCGGUGGGACGGACUACCACGUUAUGGGACGGACUACCACGCUGUGGGACGGACUACCUCGCGGUGGGACGGACUACCACAUGGUGGGACGGACUACCACAUGGUGGGACGGACUACCACAUGGUGGGACGGACUGCCACAUGGUGGGACGGACUACCACGGGGUGGGACGGACUACCACGCGGUGGGACGGACUACCAUGCGGUGGGACGGACUACCUCGCGGUGGGACGGACUACCUCGUGGUGGGAUGGACUACUACAUGGUGGGACGGACUACCACGUUAUGGGACGGACUACCACGCUGUGGGACGGACUACCACGUUAUGGGACGGACUACCACGUGGUGGGACGGACUACCACGCGGUGGGACAGACUACCACGUUAUGGGACGGACUACCACGUGGUGGGACGGACUACCAUGUGGUGGGACGGACUACCACGUGGUGGGACGGACUACCACGUGGUGGGACGAACUACUACAUGAUGGGACGGACUACCACGUUAUGGGACGGACUACCACGCUGUGGGACGGACUACCACAUUAUGGGACGGACUACCACGUGGUGGGACGGACUACCACGUUAUGGGACGGACUACCACGUGGUGGGACGGACUACCACGUGGUGGGACGGACUACCACGCGGUGGGACGGACUACCACGCGGUGGGACGGACUACCACGCGGUGGGACGGACUACCACGCACUGGGACGGACUACCACGCGGUGGCACGGACUACCACGCGGUGGCACGGACUACCACGCACUGGGACGGACUACCACGCACUGGGACGGACUACCACGCACUGGGAUGUACUACCACGCACUGGGACGGACUACCACGCUGUGGGACGGACUACCACGCACUGGGACGGACUACCACGCGGGACUUCUGGGCCUCAAUAUGCAAAACUCGCUCACAUACUCACGUGCACGCUUUCACGCACACACACACACCUAAACGAACGCAUAUGCAGGAAAGCAUGCAUACACUUGCGCACGCACACACUUUUCAAUCUGCUGCUGGUUUUCUGUGUUGUCAGCUACAGUACUUACCUCUGUGGAUACUUUUCAUCUUUAGCCAAUCUUCUCCCGGGUUUCAACGCCAUUGGGCAGAGUUCACUUCAUUUUCAAUCUCUCGGCUGUUUAUAUGCUCUAGAGGAUUAACACAUAUAAGAAAUGCAUGCCGGAUUAAUAAUACAAUCCCUUUCCCACCAGGCCAGCGUAGCCGAUUGGACCCACUCUAAUUGAUUAAUCCUAAUCCACGUCAUCAUUUUGUAUUGCCUGUUGCUGCAGGAUUAUUUUCCUUCUGUGGCAAACUGACUCAGAUGAGGACCCCAUGUCUGUAUGCAACAGUAGAAUGUAUCGAUAUCAUUGGUAGAGAAGGGCAGGAACGCACACGCUCAUCAGACAUAGCAUGCGUGUGUGGGUGGCCAUGUACUGUGUAUAGACCGAUUGAUUUGUUUGAGUAUAUUUAGAUAUCGUUCUAUCGAGCUCUCCCAACAUCAGCCCUUUAUCGAUAGAGUUGAAUGGAUGAAACGUGCCUGAAUAGAUUCUAUUUUUGUUUCUAUUUUCGUUUCCUGAAUAGCUUUGAAUGAACUGUGCUUGUCCCCGGAUUAAAUGAAACGCAAUGCAAUAGUAUCAGAGAUAUAUUUUGUAUCACGACUAUACCAAGAAUGUACACGUGUAUUUUCGUACACCAACAUGCUACGUGAAGUGUUGGCAACCUCCUUUCACCAGGAACCAUCGGUCAAAGCCUGUUUGUACAUUGUUGAUACACUAUUGUUCGUCGUUCGUCCACUUUUGUUGUUGUUGUCUGCGUUUCGCUCUUUGAAUUGCACAUAUGCAUGUCUACCCUUCAUAGUUAUCAUUGUUUUGUGACGUGUACUGUAUUACAUUGCAACAGUCUGUUACCUCUACGGAAAAGAAGAAAAAAAACAACAUUUCAUGCUACUCUGCACCUCUCUCUUUUAUCUCCCUCUCUCGCUCGCUCUCACUCAUCUGUCUCUCUUUUAUCUCCCUCUCUCGCUCGCUCUCACUCAUCUGUCUCUCUUUUAUCUCCCUCUCUCGCUCGCUCUCACUCGUCUGUCUCUCUUUUAUCUCCCUCUCUCGCUCGCUCUCACUCAUCUGUCUCUCUUUUAUCUCCCUCUCUCGCUCGCUCUCACUCAUCUGUCUCUCUUUUCCAUAACCCAUUUAAUUGCUUUAGUUUCUGUUUGGACAAGGUGAUCAAAAGAUGUAACCAGCUUAUUCUACAGUUACCAUAUUAACCCAUAUUUAGGAUAGCAACCGUUGAACAAUACAUUAUAUCACUCAUGCAGAAACAUACACAAUGCAGUUACAUACACGGCAGGGCAUUUCUAUCGCUUCGUCAAAAUAUUCAAUCGAACUUGUUGUUUGAUUUAAUAUUUUGAUUGAAGUCAGUUUUAUUUUUUACAUUUUUUUAUUUUUAGAAGGGAAUGUUUCUUCGGUUGGUACCGUAGAGGUUUGUACACUUGAAGUGAUUAAAACCAGCAGAAUGAAUGUCUCAAAAAACACAGAUGUUUAUACUGUUUAGGCCUAUAAGGCCAGUCGGUUUCUGCUGACCACGGGAUCUGACGAGUGAAAAACGAUGCUACAUUUAGCCUACACCUGGUUCAUGUUCAAUAGGGCACGCAAAGGAAAGUGAAAAUGAGACGUUAUCAUGACCUCUUUUUUUAACGUUUUUUUUCCUUGCUGCCUAAUGAACACAACCCUUGCCUUUCUCUUUCUGCUGACAAGGGCGUGACCUAUAUUGGGCGAAAAGUACUUUACUGUGUCUCCAAAGUUGGAGUGGUGCAUUGCUUCCCGCAGUAUCUGUAUUGAACUGAGUUGGCCUAAUGCAAAGUUGGCCGACAGACAUUUUGUUUUCAGGCCACAUUCAGAGCUGUACUGUCGACACAUCACCUGGUCACUGUCCUCUCUGUUGCAUUUCUCAUCUACCGUUUCUUUAACUCGCAUCCAAUGCAUUAAGAUAAUUUACUAUAGCAUGUGUAUAAAUGUAUAUAUUUUAAGUCCCUUUCCAUUUGUGGUUUCAUUUCCUUUCUUUUAUAUUGGAAACAUCACAGUGUAAGAAAUGUGGUGUUGUAAAGGUAUAUCACAUUUAUUCUACUAUAAUGCUGUACUGAAGAUUUCCCCCAUCAGCAAGAUUACUAUCGUAAUGGCCAUUGAGUGUGAAUGCAGUGGACAUUUGCCUGACAACUGAUAUUGGCUCUUUCUCAAUUCAUCUUUCUUCUAUUCCUCGUAUCCUCUCGCCACGCCUCAUUCUCAAACCGCUUUGGAGAAGCAAGCGAGCGGAGGGACCUUGGACCUUCUCCAAUAGGGUUGAGGAGGUGGUGAGGAAUCCCGGGAAGGACUAGUUAAGAUAGAGCCGUUGUUUUCAUCCCAUGUGACUUAUUCUUUAUUAAAGGGCUCCCACUGUUA